AUGCCGUCGGUCCGGGCGGCGGCCGCGGCGUUCGACGAGGCGGCUGGCAAGCAGAAAUCCAACGCCGCCAAACCCGUGCCUUGGCAGCAAUCCAUCCGCCGCCAGGUGUCGUCCCCCGGUGCGACGACGACGACGACAGCAGCAGCAGCAGCAGCAGCCGCCGCCGCAACACCACCGCCGCCUCGCCCGCGAUUCUCCGCCCAGGCCACCGUCAACCUCGACUCCCCGCCGCCACUCAACGACGACUGCAACGGAUGCGAGUCGCCCUUCAGUCAGUUCAAACUGAAGCCCGUGAAGAAGCCGGCCAAGAAGCCCGCGGAGCCCGUGACGGUGCCAGAUGUCGCUCUUAGGCGUCAGUCCCUCACCAUCAAACUCGACGAGCCCAAGAAGCCCGCGGAAGAACCCAAGGUCCCCGUGGAAGAGCCCAAUAAUAAGAAGAACUCGAUGGAAGUGCGGAAGAAGGCAGGUGACGAAUCCCCGAAGAAGUCGGUGGUGAUGGAAGAGCCCAAUAAUAAGAGGCAAAUGAUGGACGGGCGAAAGAAGUCUGCUGAAGAGCCCAAACGACAGACAGAAGUGCCCAAGAAGACGGUAGUCGGGCCCAAGAAGUCUGUAGAAGAGCCCAAGAAGCCUUCGAUUCCUGCUAGUCCACCAGCACCACCACCACCGCCACCGCCGCCACCACCUCCACCAGCACCGCCGCUUCCACCCCAGGCAUUUCCGCCACCGCCACCGCCGCCUCCUCCGCAACCACCCCCGAUGAGAAAAACUGCCAGUCGGUCAAUUGACGGUUGCACACCCGCCGGUCGUCAAGCGCCAGUCGGUCCAACCGCCAGCCAGGUCAGUUCUUGGCCUUGCCAAUCCCCAGCCCACCAAACUGCGGUUUGGUCACCCGAUUGUCGGGGCACCCAAACAAUCAGGAGGAUGUUCCCCACGUUCCAAGUGCGCCUGCACGGCAUGGAGCUGGACGCCGAGUACCUGCUGAUGCUGGACUUCGUGCCCGUGGACGACAAGAGAUGGCGCUACGCGUUCCAGUCCUCGUGUUGGGUCGUGGCCGGGAAGGCGGACCCGGCCAGCCCACCCAGACUCCACUUCCACCCCGACUCCCCGUGUUCCGGGGCCCAUUGGAUGAAGCAAGUGGGUUCGUUCGACAAGCUCAAGCUCACCAACAACCAGCUGGACGAGAACGGCUACAUCAUCCUCAACUCCAUGCACAAAUUCCAGCCGCGGUUGCACGUGUUGGUGCACGAGUCGCCCCCGGGCUACAGGGCCUUCAAAACCUUCGUGUUCCCCGAGACCCAGUUCACGGCUGUCACGGCCUACCAGAACCACAGGAUCACGCAGCUCAAGAUUGCCUCCAACCCGUUCGCCAAGGGGUUCCGGGACUGCGACCCCGAAGACUGGUGA